AAGCUGCUGCCCUGCUGCGUAUGAAGCUUGUUUGAAGUCAUGUCCAGAAGGAAAGUCAACUAAAUCAGCGCUUUGCAGGCAUAUAGAGAUGCAAUGGAGGUAGAGUCCAGCACGUACACUGACUUUAUUUCCUGCGAUCGAGCUGGUCGGAGGAAUGCUGUCCAUGACAUCCAGCGAGAUGCAACCACCAUCAGCAUGCGCAAGCUGACCGAGGACCUAGGUGACCUGGCCGUUGAAGGAGCAGAAAGCCAAAGAGAUGCCACUUCUUCUGAGAACGACCCUGGAGCAAGACCAAAGGGGCAAGAAAACAGCCCCUCCCCAUGACGGUGUACGGGGGGUGGGAUGGGCAGGAGGAGGGCCUCGCUGUCAACAUUAAACAAGAAAUUGCUAUCGAAUCUGCGGACAAAAGCCAGCCUGGAACAGCAAGGUGUCUGUCAAAUGCCUCUGCUGCAACCGCUUUUGUUUAGAGAACCAGAAGAUGCUCUGCAAGGACUGGCACCUCCAAAAGACUUGUGCUCCCAUCCCUACCAAUUUAGAGCAACACUGCCGUGGUUGUAGUGAUAUGAGCCAUUCUCAAGAUGCCUUAGCUGCAAUUUUCCCCUAGGGGAAAAAACCCAAUUUCAGUAAUAAUAGACGCACCAGACUUUCCUGUCCAAGGUACCUUCCUCCUUUGCAAAUUUAGACUAUUAUUUAUUCUGUUUCCAUAGAUUAGAAAUUUAGAUUAUUGGUUUUUCUAAGCGUCACCCUCAUCUGCAU